AUGGCAAUGAACAGCAGCAAUGCGACCGUCGCCCAGCGUCUCCAAAAGGAACUCAUGGACAUCAUGACCAAGCCCACGCCGGGCAUAACCGCCUUCCCCUCCGACUCGGACAUGACAAUCUGGACAGCGACCAUCGACGGCCCCGCCGACACACCCUACGCAAACCUCGUCUUCAAGCUGUCCAUGGAGUUCGCCAACAACUACCCCUACAGCCCCCCUACCGUGCUGUUCAAGACACCCAUCUACCACCCCAACGUCGACUUUUCGGGGAGGAUCUGUCUGGACAUUCUGAAGGACAAGUGGAGCGCCAUCUACAACAUUGGCACCGUGCUGCUGAGUCUGCAGAGUCUGUUGGGCGAGCCUAACAACUCGAGUCCGCUCAACGGCCAGGCUGCCGAGCUCUGGGACAAGGACCCUGCCGAGUACAAGCGCCUCGUUCUCGCCCGUCACCAGACACCCGAGGAGCUCGAUGCUUGA